AUUAGCAGGAUAAACCAGCUCCAUCACUGCAAUGGGGGAUUAUUAUGAAAUUUUGAAAUAUCCGAUGAGAGGGAUUUCUCUGGUCUUCUUCUACCUGACCUUGAUCCUCAGUGUUCCUGGAAAUGCCUUUGUCCUGUAUGUUGCUGGAUUGAAGAUGAAGAGGACUGUUAAUACAGUAGGGUUUAUAAAUCUAGCGGUUGCCGACCUCUUGUGCUGCCUUCUCACUCUUUACUAUGUGAUUGAGAGUGAUUUUGAUGAUUACUGGCCAUACGGAUCCACAACGUGCAAGCUUUUCCACUUCGUAUUGCUCAUCACCAUGUUUGCAAGUGUUUUCACCUUGAACUUGAUUAGUGUGGAUCGGUUUACUCAGGUGAUCACACCGGUUUGGGCUCAGAAUCAUCGUAGCUUGUUCAUUGCACGAUUGUCCUGUGCAGCGGCCUGGAUUCUGGCUUUAAUUCUCAGUCUGCCUUUUGUGAUGUCUAGAGGGAUUCACACAGAAAAUAAUAAAACAUACUGCGUGCAUUAUCAAUUUGAUCCAGCCCAUUCUGAAAUGUAUAGAAGGUUAAGUGUCACCAGAUUUGUGUUUGGCUUUUUGAUUCCUCUCAUAUGCAUAACAACAUGCUAUGGAUUCAUCGCACGCAAGCUAGGCAGGAGACAUUUUCACUCUGGACAAGCGUUUCACAUCAUGUUGGCUGUAAUUGUGGGUUUUUUUCUGUGCUGGCUGCCGUAUCACAUAGUGGAUUUGAUAAUAAUAUACGGAGGGGAACCAAUUUCCUCAGUAGGUUACGCAGUGGAUCCACUGGCCGUCUCUUUGGCCUAUUUCAACAGUUGCCUGAACCCCAUUCUGUAUGUUUUCAUGGGGCAUAAGAGCAAUGUUAAACUUUCUCUAAGACGUGUUUUUGAAAGCGUUUUCUCUGAGGAGAGAACAAAAAUGACACAAACCACCCAGUCACAGCAAACCAACUCACUGUAGAACUCAUUCAGUUUUCUGAUCGAAUUGAAAACUAUUUCAGAAUUUAUUUUCAAAAGUCAUCAAGUCAAACUCAGCAAGUCAUCUAACUUGUAUUCAUGAUUCCUGUUUUUUAAAUAUUCUGAUGAUCUGUUGGCAAUAUUUAACAUCAGCAUGAUCGAAUACUAUGCUUUAUUAUUAUUUUUUUUUUCAUUGUUAGCAUCUUAGAAAUGGCUUGUAAUAUUUCACUAAUAGCGGCAUGUGGUUUCUACGC